AACGAAAAGGACAUUUACUAUUUAUUUUAACAAAGCACUUACAACAUCACGAACAUGAAUUUACUACUAAAGGCUGCGGAAUAUAAUAAAAAUAAACAUAACGACUUUUAGUAGAGUUUAACAUGCAGGUUAUUGUGCCUUUAUACAGGUCGUGCAAGAAGUUAAUGUUUUCUUAGCUUAGACUCCUACAAUAUUAUUCGUUACAGUUCUCAAAGGCAAGUGUCAGUUUAAAAUAGUGAGAUCAGCAGAAUACAGAAAAAAAUGACAGAACCAACAUUUAUAUUUAGCAGCACUUCCAUUGACGGUUUGUGUGAAGAAAGUGACUUCAUGGAUGAAAUAAUUACUGCUCUGAGUUCUAUCAGCAGCAAUCUCCAUGGCCUGUUUGCUGACUUUACUUCAUCUCCAGCUUUUGUCUGUCUAGAUUCAGACCUAACACGCUUGCAACGUGAAACAGAAACUCUUUGUAAAAACACAGAGUUUUUAAUUGGUUCUCAGCUUCAUGGCACACAUCAAGCAAUGACUGAACUACAUAGUGAACUGCGAUACCUACGACAAAAGUAUGAAGACUUGCAAAAUGAAUGGGCUAGCCAGCAGGAACACAUGGGUUGGAUGCAGGCUGAAAUAUUCAAAGUGCGCAACCAGAUGCAGCAGCAGAGCCAAUUUUGUGCAUCCCUUGGAUCAAUCAUGGGGAACCUUAUUUGGAAAGCUUCAAGAAUUCCUCCUGUUGUGGAUAUGCUUCUAUCUGGGAAUAAAGUUGGAGACUUCCUGGCUAUUGUGAAUGGAUCACUGAUCUCAUUUAUGGAGACUUAUGAGUCCUCCAUGCCAGGUCAGUGUGCCGAUGAAAGCCAGUUCAUCAUGUCUAUGUGUGGUAUUGUAACUAACAUUGCUGCAGCACCAGCUGGUCGACAAUUUCUUGUUAGCAACCCAAAUGGGAGGGAGCUUCUUGAACAGUUCAACAGAAUCCUUCCAGUUAUUCCAGCACCUUCAGGAAAUUGCUUGAAAAGACUUUUGCUAAUGGCACUGUACAACACAAGCAUAAACCAGAAUGGACUCAAGUUCUUACAACAACAAACUGAUCUGCUAUCAGCAAUAGCUCAUGAUUUUCAGACGGACACCACCUAUGAACUGAAGCUUAUGGAACUUCGACUCUUGCAGUCACUCACCUAUGACAUCCCCAACGGAAAAGUGCUUCGAGACAUAAUGAAAGAAGUACCACUUGAACUGAUACAACCACUGACCCAAUGCCCAGAACCUGAGAUGAAAAAUGUGGUCCAAGAAAUACUGAACAACUUAGGGAGAGCUCAAACGAUACAUAAAACAAAGCCUUCUCAAGGUGACUUGCAGCAAUCCAGGACUAAAUAUACUGGAGAAUGUGAAGAAGCCUCUCCUUUUGGAGGCACUGGUAUGAACAAGACUAUAGGUGGCAGAUAAAGUUCAGAUGCUUACCAUGGAACUGGAUGUUGUAAGAAAAAUAUCUUACAUGUUGCAAAACACUGCAUAAGAAAUAGGAAUAGUCACCUGAUGCACAUCAUACAGAUGAAAAAUGAAACUAAUUGAAAUUUCAAUUUUGCAUUGUCUAAAAAAAUAAUUUGAGUAAAAAGAACCAAGUAUGCAAAAACCUAAAUAUUUCAUUAAUUAAAAGAUAUAUUACAUGGUUCACUUUACAAAUUUGAGGGUGGCUGCUAUUUUGCAUGUGUAAUCUUCAGCAGAAAUCUGAUUUAAUUUGUUUAAUAUUUAUUUUCUGCUUUAGUUAGGUGAUAGCACUUAUUUUACGGGUAGUAUCCUAUUGCUCAAUAAGCAGGUACAUUUCACUUUCUACCUGAAUUUGAAACAUAUCCUGCAAUAUCUUUAAAUAAAUGCAAUAUUAUUUAUCACCACUCAAAACUGUUUCCUAACUCUAAAGUACUGUAUUUUGUUUUUAUGUUUCAUGAAUACAAACAGCUUUGGUAAUAUUCUUAAGCUGCAGUUAUACAAGAUGCUCAUGGCCAUAUUUAAACCCUUAAAUGCCUGGUGUGACCAUAUGGUCACAUUAAACACAUUCAUUUUGAACCACAAUAAAACAUUCCUUUAAAAACCUACAUGUCCCACAGUAUGGCAUACUAUAUGACUGGGUUUUGAAGGAUCUUGUGACAUGCAAGAAGUCUGAUCAUGGCAAGCCGCAAAAGAUCAGACAGUCUCUUUAAACACUGUUGUUGAUACAUAUUUCAUCCUUGUUCUGAUUAUUUGUAAAAAUAUUCAAUAAAAGAAAGAAAGGACA